AUGAAAGAUGAAAAGCAUUUUUUGGUUAAUGGUUAUUUGACAGAAGCAUUGAAAAAGGGAUCACUAAAAAUAUGUGAAGAGCAUUUGGCAGAUUUAUGUCCAGAAGUACCAUCUGAAGUUUGUGAGGUAUUUGAAGAUGAUGAUUAUGAAUUUUUACAAGAAGCAGAAGAUUACGAAAAUGAGCAAUUUAAUUAUGAGGAAGAAGAAAAAUCUUGA